GUACCUAUAUUUUCCAUUACAAUACGCGAAGUUUGAAUAGCAAAAAUCCAUCUAUAUAAUCCUCCAAUAGUAUGGUAGUGUUGUAGAACAUUCAUACAACCAUGGCUUCCAAUUCCUUCAUGCUCGUCUUCCUUUGCGUCCUUGUUACCUUGUUCAACUUUGCAACCACUACUAAAGCACAGAACGUGGACCAGGUUUAUUUUGUUUCCCAAAGUUGCAGUGCAAACAAAACCACUGCCAACAGCGCCUACGAAAAGAACCUUAAGACCCUUCUCUCUUCCUUAUCUUCCAACGCCACUGCAACCUUAUUCUACAACAACACAGUCCUCGGCAGCACAAACACUACCUCUGACACAGUGUACGGUCUAUUCAUGUGCAGGGGUGAUAUACCCCUUCGCCUCUGCAAAGAAUGCGUGGCGAACGCAACCGAGAAACUAUCUUCAGACCAAAGCUGUUCUCUUUCGAAACAGGCUGUGAUGUGGUACGCUGAAUGCAUAGUUCGGUAUUCCAACGUCGGCUUCUUCUCCACCGUGGCCACAUCUCCCGGAUAUUCUUUGUAUAACCCGAACGACAUCACCGACAACUCAACAAACAGUUUCAUGAACUUCUUGUCCAACACCAUGAACCAAACUGCAGAAGCCGCAGCCAAUUCUGCUAAAAGGUUCUCAACAAAGGAAGCAAACUUGUCUCAGUCUCAGACCCUUUACUGUCUGGCUCAGUGCACAGAAGACUUGUCACCCCAAAACUGCACAACCUGUCUUGCGCAAGCAAUACGUGAGCUUCCAAUAUGUUGUUAUGCAAAACAAGGAGGAAGAGUAGGGUUUCCCAGUUGCAACGUUUGGUAUGAACUGUACCCUUUCUACGGCCUCAUCACGGAUCAGACUCCAAGUCCAACCAGUACUCCUCUUCCUCCUCCUCCAUCAUCAUCAUCAUCAGGGAAAGGUCAACCACGGAAUAUUAUUUUGAUCCUUACCUCCAGCAUUACUCUACCAGGGAUACUUUUCACCUUUUACUAUUAUUUCAUACGCAGAAAAGCAAAAAAGAAUAACAAAACUAUUCUUAGGAAAAAUUUUGGGCAUGAAACUUCCACCAUAGAGUCAUUGCAAUUCAACUUAGCAAUAAUUGAAAUAGCAACAAACAACUUUUCACACGAGAACAAGAUUGGUAAAGGUGGAUUUGGAGAAGUUUAUAAGGGCAUUCUUAUUGACGGAAGACCUAUAGCUAUAAAGAGACUCUCAAGAAAUUCUAAGCAAGGUGUAGAAGAGUUCAAAAAUGAAGUUCUAUUAAUAGCCAAGCUUCAACAUAGAAAUCUAGUGACAUUCAUAGGAUUUUCUCUUGACGAACAAGAGAAAAUACUAAUCUAUGAAUACGUGCCAAACAAGAGUCUAGACUUCUUCUUAUUUGAUACUAAAUUGGGAAAUGUUUUGAGCUGGUCUAAGCGUUACAAAAUCAUAAGAGGAAUUGCUCAAGGAAUUCAAUAUUUACACGAGCAUUCUCGACUUAAAGUUAUACAUCGUGAUCUUAAACCCAGUAAUGUACUGUUAGAUGAAAAUAUGAAUCCAAAAAUUUCAGAUUUUGGUCUUGCUAGAAUUGUUGAAAUAGAUAAAGAGAAAGGUAGUACAAAAAGAAUAAUUGGAACAUAUGGCUAUAUGUCUCCAGAGUAUUGUAUGUUUGGACAUUUUUCUGAGAAAUCAGAUGUUUACAGUUUUGGAGUUAUGGUUCUUGAGAUUAUUAGUGGGAGAAAAAACAUAGAUUCAUAUGAAUCACACCAAGUAAAUGAUGGUCUUCGAAAUUUUGUUUGGAGACAUUGGAUGGAUGAAACACCAUUGAACAUAUUGGACCCAAAAUUAAAAGAAAAUUAUUCUAACAUUGAAGUCAUCAGAUGCAUUCAAAUUGGCUUAUUAUGUAUUCAGGAUUACUCGGAUGAUAGACCUACAAUGAUGACAAUUGCUUCAUAUCUUAGUAGUCACUCAGUUGAAUUGCCUUCCCCACAAGAACCAAAAUUUUUCUUGUACCAUAGAAUAGAUCCAAUUGCUGCACAUGCAAGUUCCAGGCAAUUGGCCAAUAAUUCCCUACCAUCCUCUAUCAAUGAAAUAUCUAUAAGUAAAUUCUAUCCUCGAACUCCACCCUAUAUUUUGUUUUCCAUUAUAACACAAAAGGAAAUUCCGGACAUGCAUAACCAUCAUGAUAUGAUAAUGUUAAUGUGGAGCAUUAACAGAAUAACCAUGCCUUGGAAAUCCUUCAAGCUUAUCUUUCUUUGUAUCUUUGUUUGCUUCUUCUUCAAUUUUGCAACUACUACUAAAGCACAGGACGCCGACCCUCUUAUUAUUGGCCAAAUUUGCAGCGCAAACAGAACCACUGCCAACAGCGCUUAUGAAAAGAACCUCAACACCCUCCUGUCUUCCUUAUCUUCCAACGCCAACGCAACCUUAUUCUACAACAACACAGUCCUCGGCAGCACAAACUCCUCCGACACCGUGUACGGUCUGUUCAUGUGCAGGGGUGAUGUACCCUCUCAGCUCUGCGCACGCUGCGUGGUAAACGCAACCGAGAGAUUAUCUUCAGACCCAGAGUGUUCCCUGUCCAUAAAGGGUGUGAUUUGGUACGACGAGUGCAUGGUUCGGUAUUCCAACGUCACUUUCUUCUCCACCGUGGACACAAGACCCUCUUACUAUAUGUGGAACCUGGCAAAUAUCUCCUCCAACCCAGAAAACUUCAAUAAUUUGUUGGCCAGCACCUUUAGGAAAACUGCAGAAGAAGCAGCAAAUUCUGGUAAUAGGUACUCCACAAAGCAAGCAAACUUAUCAGAAUUUCAGACCCUUUACUGUCUGGCUCAGUGCACACAAGAUCUUUCACCCCAACACUGCAGAGACUGUCUUGAUUCAGCAGAGUCCAAAAUCCAAAUAUGCUGCGAUGGAAAGCAAGGAGGAAGAGUUUUCUUUCCGAGUUGUAACAUUAGGUAUCAACUGUACCCUUUCUACCGCAACCUCACGUAUGAGGCAUCAGAAGCACUGGUUCCUGAAACGAAAUAUCCAGAAAGAGACUCAGAAUAUUCAGAAGAUCCUGGCUAUAUUUACCACAACUGCUCAACAAACCAAAACGUGAAUGAUACUGCUUUCCAAUCAGACCGCAAGACCCUCUUCUCUGACUUGUCUUCCAACGCCACCAGUGGCGACAGAUACUCGGUAAAAGCCGGAACACUGCGAGGCCUUUUCCGGUGUCGCGGCGACCUUUCUCGUUACCUUUGUGGACAAUGCGUCCAAAACGCGACGGAGAAAAUCCUCUCCGAGUGUGGUUGGGCUACGGACGUUACAAUUUGGUACAAUCACUGCUGGCUUCGCUAUUCGAAUCGGUCCUUCACCAUGGAAACAAGUCCUAGCUAUCAGAAAUGGAAUGCCAGCAACACCAAUUCGGUGCCAUUCUCUGAAGCCUUGACAUUCAUAUCCACUAGAUUAUCUGUUGUUGCUAGCGAAACAGGGGACACUAGUAACAAAUAUCAAACCGUACCAUUGAAAUUGAAUGAUCGUCAAUGGCUGUAUAUUCUUGCUCAAUGCACCUUGGAUAUAUCUAACGAAGAUUGCAGCGCGUGCCUAAAUGAUAUGAUUGGAGUAAUUCCAUGGGCUCGUUUGGGAAGCGUAGGUGGACGAAUGUUGUAUCCUAGCUGUAUUCUCCGCUUUGAAUUGUUCCAGUUUUACAACCUCUCGCCUACGACACCAACUAAUACUUCACCUUCAGGAAAUAACUCACGAACUAUUAUCAUUAUCCUUAUCCCCACCUUCAUUGUAUUGGGAAUACUUUCUACCCUUUGUUUCUAUCUGAUAACAAGAAAGGCGAGAAAGAAUAAUAAGAUUAUUCUCAGAGAAAAUUUUGGACAGGAAAGUUCAACUAUUGAGUCAUUACAAUUCAAUUUUGCAACAAUCGAAGCUGCAACAAACAACUUUUCACACGAGAACAAGAUUGGUAGAGGUGGAUUUGGAGAAGUUUAUAAGGGAAUUCUUAUUGAUGGAAGACCUAUAGCUGUAAAGAGACUCUCAAGAAAUUCUAAGCAAGGUGUUGAGGAGUUCAAAAAUGAAGUUCUAUUGAUAGCCAAGCUUCAACAUAGAAAUCUAGUAGCCUUCAUAGGAUUUUGUCUUGAUGAGCAAGAGAAGAUACUUAUUUAUGAAUAUGUUCCAAACAAAAGUCUUGAUUACUUCUUAUUUGAUACUAAACUAGAAAAGGUUUUGAGUUGGUCUGAUCGUCACAAAAUCAUAGGAGGAAUUGCUCGAGGAAUUUUAUAUUUACAUGAACAUUCUAGACUUAAAGUUAUACAUCGUGAUCUUAAACCUAGCAAUGUAUUGUUGGACGAAAAUAUGAAUCCAAAAAUUUCAGAUUUUGGUCUUGCUAGAAUUGUUGAAAUAGAUCAACAGGAAGGAAGUACAAAUAGAAUUAUUGGAACAUAUGGCUAUAUGUCUCCAGAGUAUGCUAUGUUUGGACAAUUUUCAGACAAAUCAGAUGUUUAUAGCUUUGGAGUUAUGAUUCUCGAGAUUAUUAGUGGAAAAAAGAAUAUAGGCUCCUACGAACCACAUCGUGUUGCUGAUGGUCUUCUAAAUUUUGUUUGGAGACAUUGGAAGGAUGAAACACCAUUGAACACAUUGGACCCCAAAUUAAGAGAUAAUUAUUCUAACAUUGAAGUCAUCAAAUGCAUUCGAAUUGGUUUAUUAUGUGUUCAAGAAAAUCCGGAUGCUAGACCUACAAUGUUGACAAUUGUCUCAUAUCUCAGUAGUCACUCAAUAGAGUUGCCAUCUCCACAAGAGCCAACAUUUUUCUUAUACCAUAGAAUGGAUCCAACUGUUGCACAUGAAUCAAGUUCGAGGCAAUCUACCAAUAAUUCCAUACCAUCAUCUAUAAAUGAAAUGUCUAUAAGUAAAUUUUAUCCUCGAUAG